AUGAUGGAGUUCCCAAUGGACCCCAAGGACAUGGUCAUGGCAACGCGGAUCGCCGCAUUCUACCAGCAGCGGUGCCAGGCCAUCACCAACUACCAGCAGCAGAGAUGCCAGGCCUGGGCCAACACGUACCGCCAAAAGUGCCACGAGACGAUGCAGGCAGCCAUGCUCGUGGUUGCGUGGUACGUCCGGGACCGGAUCCGGAGACGGCGGAGAAAGCAAAAGGACAAGUUCCGAAGGGGUCUCCGCGAGAGGCGUACCCAACCGCGUCCCGUGCCCAAGGGAGAAAGGGUUCGACGCUGGGUGUCUCAGGUGCCCCAAGACCCGUUGCCGGUCGACACGCUUCCCAUGGACCGCAUCAUGGACAAGGACGAGGCGUCGUUCUCGGUUGACGCCGAAACCGCCCCGGACAGAGAUACAAAACUCUUUGAGAUGGCGGACAACCUCAUCAAGAGCCAGUAUCGAAACAUUGAGAUGGAGGUGGUGGGCGACCCGCCCGAGCCUCGAGACCUCGACGACGCCGUCGGAAACGAGAAUGUUGGAGAGGCUCAGAUGGAGAACGAUGAGGAGGGUUACGACGAAGAUGACGAAGAUCUUUACGAAGACGAAGAUAUGGAUGAACUCGACGAAGAGGAGGAGCUUGGCUCGGAGCUUGUACACGGCGGUACGGGCAAAGGAAGCCGGGGCAAUGAAGGAAGCUCGUUGUUAUAA